UUUUUUGAGUUUUUAUUGGAAAACGGUAAGCAACCUACAAAUCGCAAUUGCCAUGGCAUGGCAUGGCACAUACUGAAGCUGCUGUGUAUAAAAUCAUUACGAAUUAUGGGAAUACAACUAUAAAACCAGAACGCAUUUCUGAAUCCAAGCACAAAAAUAUCUGGGAAGAGAAAAACAGAUCCCAUCUACACACUCAAAUCAUGAACGUAGGCGAAGAGGUGGAGCGCCUCAAAGAGGAGAUCAAGCGUCUCGGCAAACUUCAAUCCGACGGCUCCUACACGGUUACAUUUGGUGUGCUAUUUAAUGAUGAUAGGUGCGCCAACAUCUUUGAAGCUCUAGUUGGAACUCUACGCGCAGCAAAGAAACGAAAAAUUGUCACAUACGAUGGUGAGAUGCUGUUGCAGGGAGUCCAUGACAAUGUCGAGAUCAAGAUGAAAGCAGAAGCAACAGCAAGUGAUGCAGUUGCAAGUAGCUAAAAGGAUGUGCUACCAUCCUUGUGGUUGGACGAGUGGGCAUGUCGUUUUCUUAUUUUGUGAAUCCAUGUUGUAUUUACCAUGAUGUAAAAUGGAUGUUACACACUCCUUGUUUGCAGAAGACUUGCUGCAUUAUUGUUUGAUGUAUUUCAGGUUUCUGAAUUGAGGUGUGUUUGACCAUUUACACGUUCAAUCAAAAUAAAUUAUGAACGUUCA